AUGGCGUCUCGUUCUGUUUCCUCCAUUUCGCACCCUCCUUACUUUGGGGUGAAGGUCCGGGUGUCUCGAACCGAUUACGAACGGCUCAUGAGCAGAGACAACUAUGGCCAUUGGCUGGUUGAAAGGAUGCAGGCUUAUGUAAAGCCCUACAACACGGUCGUAGCGGUCAUCGUGAAGAGCUGCGUCAUUCAUUUCCUUACCGAGACCAUGAGAGAAUCGCACGUUUUGGCGGAUGCCAUGCACGAAAGUAUUCCAUCUAAUCUUCAACUCACAAAGUCGACUACCAAGGUCGAGGGACUUAGCCAGCCGAGGUACAUGCUCUCGAUCGAUGAGUACGAUCGACCGGAGGAGGGCAACUCCGAAGAAACAAAGGCUACAGCUCGAAAAGAGCUUGAAGAACACUUUGGUGUCAAGCCGGGGCAGAUAUACAAGUACCACGCCUUUGGUACGGGCCGUAUCCGCAUCGAGACGUCCGAUCUCAAUCUGAUUUUCAGAUUCUACGAUGCCACUGAUGGCUUCAAACGCUGUCUUAUACUGGGUGGCAAUGACAGUGCUACAAUUGUCAAGGCUUCGGACACGAGUCUCGAGGAUGCAAGCGACCAAAAGCUUGUUCGCGGUGCGACGGCGAACAUGACAUCAAACAAUGUUAUCAACUGGAACAAAAAGGCCGGACCGACCGAUCAACUCGACAUUCAUCACGACGCUACCAACCUCGCUUAUUGCAAGCAUCCGGAUACUGCAAAAGAGUUAGCGCGGAUAGAAGCGGAACAAGAGCGUAUCGACAGGGGGGAGCUUUACUGGCUUGAGGUCAUGGAGAGCAUGCGAUUGGAGAAUAUGAAGAAGGGUAAACGGAAAGCUCCAUCAGAUGGUACGACCGCGGGGGGACCCCGAAAGACCCGACUCGUCACAGAUGCAUCGUCUCACAGGACCAUCCGGACCAAAUUGGGUGUAUCUUGA